AUGGUACCGCGAUCGUGCUCUGUUAGAACGAGACGUACAUAUUUCUAUGAGACACUUUGUAACGGUGGGCAGAACGCGCCCCCUCCAACUGCGCUCGCGCCUGUUUUGAUACAAUACUCGGGUCAAGGCCGCGUCAACCAGCUCGGAGGUCUUUUCAUCAAUGGACGACCUCUACCAAACCACAUCAGACUGAAAAUUGUGGAAAUGGCCGCUGCAGGAGUAAGACCAUGCGUCAUCUCACGCCAACUACGAGUUUCGCACGGCUGUGUCUCCAAAAUCCUUAACAGAUACCAGGAGACGGGGUCUAUCAGACCCGGUGUGAUCGGGGGUUCGAAACCGAGGGUAGCAACACCAGAAGUGGAGGCGAGAAUUGAAGAGCUCAAGCGACAAAACCCGGGCAUAUUUUCCUGGGAAAUUCGGGAAAAACUAAUUAAGGAAGGCGUGACGGAUCCCCCGAGCAUUUCGUCAAUAUCAAGAUUGCUGCGCGGAGGUUCGAGAGACCCAGAUGGAAAGAAGGAUUACAGCAUCGACGGCAUACUGGGUGGUCGAGGUUCCGACUCAUCCGACAUAGAGUCAGAGCCAGGAUUGACGCUAAAGAGAAAGCAGCGAAGAUCACGGACGACGUUCACGGGGGAACAAUUAGAUGCCUUAGAGAGGGCUUUCCAUAGAACGCAAUACCCAGAUGUCUACACAAGAGAAGAACUGGCGCUACAAACUGGGCUUACUGAGGCUAGAAUACAGGUCUGGUUUUCAAAUCGCCGCGCUCGCCUUCGAAAACAUACAGGGUCUAACCCAAGCCCCAGUCUUGCUGGAUAUUCCACGUUACCAAUGCCCCAAUUACCGUGUCCUUAUCCUUCCAGCGAAAUGCCUACACUUUCGCAACACCCCCAACACGAUGCAUGGCACCACCAAAAGUAUGCAAAUUACAACCAGUUGAUGGCUCAAUCACAACAUUUGAACCAAGCAUUUCAGAAUGCAGCUUUCCCUAGCACAUCAGGAUCAACUUUCAGCCAUCUAGUUUCCGCUAAUGGUACAACAGCAAGCCAACUUUUGGAUGCGGCAGUUCCUAGAAACGAUUAUCCGCGGUACCCAACCAAUGAUAUUUACAAUAAACCUAUAGAUUACAUACCUAAGGAAACUGAAGGGGAUGAAAAAGUUCCUAAUGAUGAGGCUAUAGAACCAAGGGAAAACUCUUUUGUAAAAACAAGUGCUGAUGACUACAACAAGGAGUUACCAAAUAGUGAAUAUCCAAAAGUUCCUACAGAUUAUUCCAAAGUUUCUGUUGAUCCAUCUUCCUCUGCAAAUUGGAGCCCCUCUCACAACUCCUUAAAUAUGAGCCUGUCUGGUCUAUCUAGUGAAUACAAAUACAUGAACGAUCCUUAUUCCUUCCCUAACAUAGCUGAUCCUUUGAACCAACAUAAUUACCCAAAUCCACCACCAAAUGCGGUAAACAAAUAUUGGAUAUGA